CCCUGCUCGGUCGUGGCAAUGACCCAGGCUGGAUGUCAUAGGAACAGCCACCCCAGCCCAUUCACAGCCCAGGAGAGAGGUGCUGGCUCUGCCUGGCAGCCCCUGCUCGGCAGCCCCCUCUGCCAUGCCCGUGCCACUGGGGAUGUGUCCCUUGUCCCUUCCCUUCUCUUGCUCUCCCGGCAGACAGCACGCGCUCACCUUGAGGGGAGUGGAAAUGUCAGCUGGAAUGUGGGCUGGAAAAAAAAGAAAGCAAAUCUUGAGGCUUGUCCAAACCUACUCCUGUUUAUAUUGGAGCCUGGGAGUGACAUCAGAGCAGGGAGAGUAUAAACACCAGCGGGAUCCACUUGGGGCUUUAAAGCCUGCAAACAUGAGGCUCCGGCUGGAGAAGCAGCUCCUCAUCCUCUCCCUGCUCUGCAUCCUCUCCAAGGUGUGCUCCCAGCUGUGCCGACGGCCAUGCUACUGCCCUCACGUGCUGCCCCGCUGCCCCCGGGGGUCCCCCCUGGUCCUGGAUGGCUGUGGCUGCUGCAGGGUCUGUGCCCGGCGCCUGGGAGAGCCCUGUGACUUCCUGCAUGUCUGUGACCGCAGCCAGGGGCUCGUCUGCGACUACAGCACAGGAACGGGAGGCACCUGCAACUUUGAAGACGACGAGGAGGGCUGCGAGGUGAACGGGCGGCUGUACCGUGACGGGGAGGUGUUCCAGCCCAGCUGCAAGCUGCAGUGCCGCUGCCUGGAUGGGGGUUUCACCUGCGUCCCGCUCUGCCAGGAGGACGUCCGCCUGCCCACCCCGGACUGCCCCUACCCGCGCCGCGUGGACAUCCCAGGGAAGUGCUGCCCCGAGUGGGUCUGCGAGACCGGAGAGCGGCACCUCCUGCAGAGCUCUGGGGCAGCCCUUGCGGUGCCGUACCCCUGCCAGCCAUGGGGCACGGAGUGGAGCGCCUGCUCAGCCACCUGCGGCGUGGGCUUCUCCACCCGCGUCUCCAACCAGAACCGCUACUGCCGGCUGGAGACACAGCGGCGGCUCUGUGUGGUCAGGCCCUGCCUGGCUCUGCCGGCAGCAUCCCCUGCGAGGGGAUGAGGAAGGUGUUUGCAGCCGUGCCCACCCUGGUUGCAUCCCGGAGCCAAUGUCUUGGCACAGAGGCUGGCACACAUCCAUGACACCGUGGUUUUGGCGGAGGUGGAAGACACGUCCCUUGGGAAUCUGGGGGAAAACUGAUGGACUUCAGCUGCAGAGGAGGGUGGAAAUAGAGAACAAGAUCCCCACAACACGCCUGUGCACUCUGCUGCCCCACGUAGGGUUACUGGGCAGCACCCCCCCAUUGUAUGAGAUGGGGAAACCCUGCUCCAAGCACAAACCCACCUGAGAAAAGGGGACAUGGUUCUUUCCCAGACUGGGGAGGCUUUUGGAGAGGGCCAAGUGAUGCUGCUGUGCCAAGCACCACACACGCAGCUCUGCUCCGCAGAAUUAGACCACUAGCGGGAUGCCCUGUGCCCCCCACACUGGGGCUGGGGGUUCACUGUCCCACCACACCCGAGCACUGACAGAGGUGUCCUCCUGGCAGCAGCUCCCAUUCACCUUCCCCACGUCCCUCCAGGACAAGCAGACAGCUCCCCGCCUCGCCUGGCUGCCUGCUCUCCAAAGCCCGGCGGUUUGGCAGGGCUCUGGCAGGCGAGCAGCUCAGACGGAGGAGGCACCAGACAUACCACCCUGCAUCCAAGCGCAUACCCCAAAAACUAAGGCCAGCACGAAGGCAGGAGACGGGAAAAUAAACAGCCGCGAUGCGCCCAACGGGCUGGAGCUGCUCCAGUGUGCAGUGCUGCGCGGGAGAGCGGAGCGGCAAUGAACCUCUGGGGGCUGCUCAGAAACGAAACCCAAAUGCCCUCUAAUGGCCUCGCAGCGAUGUGCAGAGCAGGCGAGACUGCGCAUCUUGGCUGUGCAUCCGUGCAGUCAAAGCGUGGUGAACGUGAUUGCAGCGUGUCGGCCUGGGCUAAGCGUGCCCCUCGGCCAGCAGCAGAGCCCAGCAGCCCCAGCAGGUGCUGGAAAUAAAUCGGUGCGAAGGGUGUUGUCACCUCUUUGGGGGAAAAAAUAAAGAAAAAG